CGACAUUUCCGGUCUAACCCGGUCGCGGAAACGCUUCAAACUCCACAGAAGCCUCCAGUUAGCUAACCCCUGUUAGCUUUAUCGUUUUAUCAUUAUUUACUUUAUUUUAUUUUUAUCAGAAAAAGCAUAAAAUAACAAGUUAUAUUUGAAUCUGGUCAGAGCGCAAAGAUAACUUAAGUAUUCAUGAUUCAUCGGCUUUCUGAAAGUUGAGCAGCUGAUCUGGAGAUCAUGGAGAAAGAUGUGAAGGCGGGUAUGUCCUCUGUCGUGGCUGCAGAAGCGUCGGUCGGACCUGUGGUGUCACAGAGCCGCUCAGAGGACGAGGAGUCCACCGCUGUGAAGAGGACCGCCGCUCAGGCCUUCAGUGGACCGGGAAUGAUCCCCAAACGCAGAAGCUCCUCCAGAUCAAUAAAAAGAAAGAAGUUUGAUGACGAACUGGUUGAGAGUAGCCUUGCGAAAUCUACCAGUCGGGUCAAAGGUCAGCCUGUCAUUGAGCCAAUCAGAUGUCCCGGCAGUGACCUCACCAUCAGUGACAAAAAGAAGCCACAGGGUUUAAAGUCUGCCAGCUCUUUUACACAUCCCCUUACCAUGGUGAUCGCUCCUUCAUCAAUGACCAAACGGAUGAAGAAGAGCAAGCAGCCGUUACAGAUCACCAAAGACCUGGGCCGCUGGAAACCCACCGACGACCUGCUGCUCAUCAAUGCCGUUUUGCAGACCACAGAUCUCUCAUCUGUUCAUCUGGGGGUGAAAUUCAGCUGUCGCUUCACGCUGCGAGAGAUUCAGGAGCGCUGGUACGCUCUACUGUAUGACCCAGUCAUAUCAAAGUUGGCGUGGCAGUCCAUGAGACAGCUGCAUCCAGAGGCCAUCGCUGCUAUUCAGAGUAAAGCUCUGUUCAGUCAGGCAGAGGAAGCCCUGCUCGCCAAGAUCACCUCAAGCAGUCAGCCUAAGCUGGAGGUUUUUCAAGAUUUGCUGAACAAGCACCCGAAUGUCUUUUACCCGUCGCGCACUGCUAAGAAUCUGAUGGUCCACUGGCAGCUGCUCAAGCAGUACUAUCUGCUGGAGGACCAGAGCGUUCAACCUCUGCCUAAAGGAGAGCAAGUGCUGAACUUCUCUGACGCCGAGCAGGUGGUUGAUGAUGCCAAACUCAAGGACAGCAGGGAUGAAGUCUUAGAGCACGAGCUGAUGAUUGCAGAUAGACAUCAGAAGCGUGAGAUCAGACAGCUGGAGCAGGAGCUUCCUCGCUGGCAGGUGUUAGUGGACAGCAUCACAGGCAUGAAUUCACCAGACUUUGAUAAUCAGACGCUGGCAGCUUUACGUGGACGAAUGGUCAGAUAUCUGAUGAGAUCUAGAGAGAUCACACUGGGACGUGCAACUAAAGACAAACAGAUAGAUGUAGAUCUGUCUUUGGAGGGUCCUGCGUGGAAGAUCUCCAGAAAGCAAGGGAUCAUUAAACUGAAAAAUAACGGAGAUUUCUUCAUCGCUAAUGAAGGCCGAAGACCCAUUUACAUUGAUGGACGACCAGUUUUAUCUGGAAACAAGUGGAAACUCAACAACAAUUCUGUGAUGGAGAUUGCAGGCCUUCGCUUCGUGUUUCUGAUCAAUCAGGAGUUGAUUUCUCUCAUUAAAGCUGAAGCUGCUAAGAUGAACCAGGCAUGAUGCAGACUUCACUGUUCACGAGCUGUCGAACCCUAUCCAGUCACAGCUGUCCUGUCUUUAUCCCUGAGCAGAGUCAUACACAGAAGACCUUUCAGCACAAGAUGAUAGAGGCCCUCAUAGCAUCAGCUGAGCCGGGAUCUGGAGCUCAGACUGAAGGAAAUUAUUUGGAAAUGAAUUGGACAUUUUAUGUGCCUGUUAUUUAAUUCACAUUUGUACAGAAAGAACGGACUGUGUUUUUGAGCUUUGUGUCUGUGUGUAGAUUUGCUUUUUUUAUUAUUAUUAUUAAUUUGUAUUAGAGAAACUGUUAGUUUUGUUGACUUGUACAUUUAUUGUUUGUUUAUACUUUAAACCCAGUGACUUUGUAUUGUCUAAGCAAAGUCAGUAUGCUAAUAUUCUGCCAUGACAGAAAUAGUGUAAAUAUAUUCAUAAAGACUGAAUAAAACAGAAAAAAGCCAU